UGGUAUGUUUCAUUUGACACAUUUACCAAGUGUUGUCUCUUUUAAAAAAAUUUAAACCAAUCGAAGUUUAUGAAGAGUUUUUUACUGUAAAUUUAUGUGUAUUUUAGUUUAAGCACAUUGUUAUUGGUAGCUAGUUUUAAAAUUACUUACUUUUCCCAAAACAUCUUACUUUAGAAUAACAGCGACUGUUAAAAUACUAGAGGUGGCAAAAUGUAAUGGGUUAGAAAAUAUUGUAUUUUUAUAGCAUUACUUAUUGAUGCGUCAUAAAACACUAGACAAUGUUGUGUGUAACGUGCGGUGCGACUACUAAGAAAUACAAAUGUCCAAAAUGCUUGGAAGCAUAUUGCUCGCUUCGCUGUUACAAGAAACAUCAAGAAGUACUAUGUCUACCAAAUCAUAACGUAGACAAAAUCGUAGAGCACGAUCGCAAACUGGAACCCACUCUGCAUGAACCUUUUAGUACUGAAGACACGGUAUCACGUAACAAUCUGGAACUUUUAAAAGACUGUAAAGCAUUACAUGAUUUGCUUUAUAAUAUACAUCUACGAAAUUUACUUUCUGAAAUUGAUGUGGCCCCUGAUGCUUGGAAGGCUAUGAAAGCAGCAAUGCAAGAACCGCUUUUUUUAGAAUUUGCUGAUGAAUGCUUAAAACUUGUCGAACCACAGAAUGCCCUUGAAUAAUAGUUUAUUUGUUAUAAGUCUUCAUAAUCCCGAAUGAAUUGUGGUCUUUCUUGCCAGUGUAUAAUGUAAUCGAAUACUUCGGGAGGCGCCUCGCAUUGGUCUAAUUCAAUUGCCAAACCAAAGUAUCGUUGACGAAGUAAAUAUGCAGCCGAUUUUGGCUGGCGUUGACGUGUAAAUACUCCUUUCUUAUUACCUCCAACGCGCGUGUAUGCUGAAAAUAGAAAUCCAUUUCGACAAAAAACUUAUAUAAAUUGAAUAUUUUUGAUAUACUUUGUGCAGUUUUGAAAUCAGCAAAAUUCCAUACGAAUUCUCCAAUAAACCACUUUUGCGAUCUUAGGUUGUCGAACGCUUUGAAGUGCUUGCCGAGUAGUGACCACUGAUAAUCCUCCGACCAAAUAUAUGCUGGAAGCUGAUUGCAUUUAAGUUUGAAAAUUGUCAAUUAUAUUUUUCUUACUAAACUUAAUUUAAUUUGAGUAAUCUUAUUUUUUACUUACAAAAUGUAAUCCUUCAUAAGUAUCUGCACCGUACUCUGUCAUUAUAAUGGUUUUAUUGUGCAUUACAUGCCACAAUGUUGCUUCGUCCACUACAUGUUUUGUAAUCAUAUCCAAUUGUCCGGCGUUUUGGUACCAUGCGUUAUAUCUAUUAAAACAUAUUAUAUCCAAAUAUUGUCCCUAUUUUUU